CACCACUUCACUGACCGCAUCGUCGUCGGCAACGAGCCCUAUGUAGUAUAACACGGCCUUGGUUUUUCUUUGAGUUAUUUCACGUCACGAACAAGAACAUCAAUGGCAUCAUCCAGCACGGCCGCAUGUGCCACCGUUUUUCGGUUCUUCGCAUCCGCAACCCCAAGACGAUGUCCGCAGUGCCUGCGCACCUUCUCCUCGUACCGCUCCUUCAGACAGUCAUCAAAAAGACAGUUGAUGACUGAGAGUGCGUAUCGGCCUCAGACCUUAGACCCUCCUCCGCCUCCACCAAGAAAUGCCGAUGUCCCAGACCCUUUGUUAGCCGGCGGAACAGCCUCGACGACGGACCAGCGGUUCACUUGGUCGACUAGCGAACCGCAGAAGCAAACAAAGUCAGAGAAACCCGCGUCAUCUUACAGUGUUGCAGAGCGCGAAGCGCAGACGUCUCAGCCCGUGACGCCGUCCCCACAGUCGCGUGCACAGCCUUCCACCUCAUCUGCGGCGAAUGCGUCCACGAAUUCGCAAGCCACACCGCAGAAGCGCAAGUUACGUCCGCGUAAAGCGGCGAUGACGCUGACUCCUGCAGCUGUGUCUCAGCUCCGCAAUCUGCUGAACGACCCCGAGCCCAAGCUCAUACGUGUGGGCGUCAAGAACAAGGGCUGCUCGGGCUCGGCAUAUCAUUUGGAGUAUGUGGACAAGCCAGGCAAGUUCGACGAGCAGGUUGAGCAGGAUGGAGUCAAAGUCUUGAUUGAUAGCAAGGCUCUGAUCAAGGUCAUCGGCAGUGAAAUGGAUUGGGUUGAGGACAAACUGAGCUCAAGAUUCACGUUUAGAAAUCCCAACGUCACUGAGCAAUGUGGAUGUGGCGAGUCAUUCAGCGUGUCGUAACCAACACUCGAGCAUCUUCGACCGAAAGAAGCAUAGGAAUGGCGUUUUUUCCUUCUGUAGAAAGACUACCCCUCAAAGAAAGCGUAUCAUACAUAAUGGAGAAAGACAACUUUUCCCUGCCUCGAGCCUGUAUCUCAAAGUUCAAAACACUCCCGUCUCAAAAUCAACAACACAUGCACUCUGAAUUAUGCCUGCUAGGCUCUGUUUGAAGGCCUGAUGCGCAGGAUCCUUCUCUACGUAGUAAUCUCUGUCGGCUUCAGAUUCAAACCACAUAACAAAUGCGUGGGUCGUGUCGCCCUGCUAUAUCAUCAGCACGAUGUAGUGCUUGUCAAGGUCUGGCAAAGAGCAUUUAAUCUGACCGCGAGUCCUUCUUUGCUGUUAUUCUUGCCUCCCAUGGUAGAGCGUAUGUACGGUUUCUUUGUUUCUGGGUGCAAGCAUGUGUUCGCCAAGUUCAACAUGUCCGCACAUGCCUGUUCGAAAGUCAGCAUUGUCGGUAUAGCUGGCACUGAGCUCAAUCCUCAUACCUUCGCCACUUGAGCAGGGGUGGCAUCAGGCUUGAAGCCAAAUAGCACAAUGUGAACAAUGGUCAUCUUGGAUAAACCUGGAAUCAAAAGCGAAUAGAUGAUUGUGUGAAUUAGCUCUCAGUUUUGCAGAUAUUGUUACUAUAAGACUUCUGAUCCCCGAAGCGGGGCUUGUGG